UCGGGAGCCGUCUCCAUGGAAACCCCUGGGCAUAAGGCGCGUCCAAAUAGUAGAGGGUGGAGGCGGGGGAAGACAAGAGGCGCCUCGAAUCCCAGGCGUCCCGAAUCUGACCCUGGCCCCCAUCUAGGUUGGGGGUCCAACCCUGAUUCAAGCCCCAGCUCAGGUUCGAGCCUCCGCCCCCGCCCCCAUCCCCACCCCGACCAAGAGCCCAGUCUUGACCCAGGCCCUUAUCAGGACACCGGCCGCGAUUCUGAACCCAGCCCCGAUCUUGACUUCGGCACCGAUCCUGAUCCUAUCUCCAGUCCCGGCCCCGACUCCGGUCCUGACUCCGGUCCUGGCCCCGGCCCCGGCCCUGGCACCGGCCGCGACCCCGGCCCCGGCCCCGGCCCUGGCCCCGGCCAGGCUCCCGGCAUGUUGCGGGACGAGACCCUGGACGGGGCCACGGUGCCCUCCCUCUGGAGAGGGUCCCUGGAGAUCCGGAGUGAGCCGAAAAUUUGCCAGACUGCCAGCAUUUCCACUUCAGAAGAUGCCUGCCAAGCCCGAGAGCAGGUUGAUGCCGAGGUGCAGACUGAUCCGCCUUGUCCUGUGGCCCUACGCUAUGCAUCCCAGCAAGAUAUCCCUGGGUUGGCUUCAUUCCUCCGUCGGGUAGAAAACCUUAUUAUCCGGGAGCUGGAUAAGAACUGGCAGAGCCAUGCAUUUGAUGGCUUCGAGGUGAACUGGACAGAGCAGCAGCAGACGGUGAUCUGCCAGCACACCCUGUGCUACCCUUUGGCCCAGGCUCAGAAGCUGCAGGUGACCAGCGUCUCCUGGAAUGCCACUGGCUCAGUGGUGGCGUGUUCCUAUGGUCGUUUAGAUGAUGGUGACUGGAGCAUGGAGAAGUCUUUUGUGUGUACCUGGAACCUGGAUCGUCGGGGACUGAACCCCAGGCAGCCUUGUGCUGUGGUAGAGGUGCCCAGCUCAGUCAUGUGCCUGGCCUUCCAUCCAGCACAGCCCUCUCACAUUGCAGGUGGCCUCUAUAGUGGGGAGGUGGUAGUCUGGGACAUGAGCCGGCCUCAGGACCCCUUGCUCUGGAGAACAGGAAUGACGGAUGACACUCACACAGACCCUGUCUAUCAGGUUGCCUGGCUGCCAGAACCGCGGCACAGCCACCGCUUUCGGCUGCUGAGUGUCUCCACAGAUGGAAAGGUGCUGCUGUGGCAGGCGGCCGGUUCAGGACAGCUGCAGCUGACAGAGGGCUUUGCUCUGGUUGUCCAGCAGAUCCCCCGAAACACCAAGCUGAAGAAGCCUACCCGGGGUGAAACAGAGGUAGGGGUCACUGCCCUAGCCUUCUCCAGCUUUGACCCCAGCUUGUUUAUCCUGGGCACUGAAGGUGGUUUCCCACUCAAAUGUUCGACGGCAGUGGAAGUGGCAGCCCUUACCCGAAUGCCCAGCUCCCUGCCACUCCGAGCGCCUGCCCAGUUUACCUUCUCCCCUCAUGGUGGCCCCAUCUACUCUGUGAGCUGCUCACCCUUCCACAGGAACUUGUUUCUGAGUGCUGGGACAGAUGGCCACAUCCACCUCUAUUCCAUGCUGCAGGCCCAACCCUUGACGUCGCUCCAGCUCUCCCACAAAUACUUGUUUAGUGUGCGCUGGUCUCCUGUCCGUCCUUUGGUCUUUGCUGCUGCCUCUGGGGAAGGAGACAUCCAGCUGUUUGAUCUCAGGAAGAGUUCCCAGAAGCCCACAGUUUCUAUCAAGCAAACCCCGGAUGAAAGCCCAGUAUACUGUCUAGAAUUCAAUCUUCAACAGACUCAACUCCUGGCUGCUGGGGAUGCCAAAGGGGUUGUAAAAAUAUGGCAGCUAAGUACAGAGUUCACAGAACAAGCACCCCGGGAAACAGAAGAUCUGGACCAAUUGGCAACUGAGGUGGCUAGUUAAGGACUAGCUUUCCUUUUGCAAGAAGGUAGUGACAAGCAGACAUGAGCAGCAUAGGGCAAACUCUUACCCAUGGUAUAAGGAAUGUUUAAAGGCUUGGAGGGAGAAUUCUGCUCCUAUAAGCAGAUACUUGAGUAAGUCUUUGGGUAUAAUGAAGAUUCAGGCAUUUGCUAAUGAUUAAAAAGAAAAAAACCUU